AUGGCCCCCUCAAUAGAAAUGUCCUCAUCUUCUUCCGAUUCCUCAUCUUCGACCUCAUCUUCGAGCUCGUUUACCUCGACUUCUGAGCAAGGAUCAUUCCAGUAUUCAUCUGAUUCAAGUAUGAUAACCCCAACCAGGGGAAACGCUGCCACCCUCAGCAUUGGUACCGCCUCGGAAGCCAGAGCGGAGCUCAAGAUUGAAUUCAAGGGCCACAUCUACAAGCCCAUCUCCGUUGCAGACUUCGCAAAGCAUGUUUGGGGGCUCGACCCAACUGUCGUCGACAACAUCCUGACCAUGGAUUUGACGCUUUGCGAAGAUGCCUGGAAGAGGUACAAAGACGUUACUCGUGGUGCCAAAGGCAUGAUUAGGGAGCCGAAGCUUCACCAACCCUUCCGCGACAUCUCCAGCAGCCUGCUCGAAGUGGUGUGCAACAAACUCGGCGUCGACUAUGCGACGACGGUCAAGGACGACUUCUGGGAUGGGGGUGGCUCGAAGUACAUCAAAUCUCGAUUCUCUACCACGCGCAGGAAGCCCGACAUGCUUCGGGGUUGGCUGCCCUUCAAGGAGGAUAUUAUUGAGUGGGGCGAGACGAAGAGUGCUCUCGAGUUCAAGCUUCCAUCAGCCAAUGAAGGGCAAAAGGGAGGACGAGCGCCGGACACACCGACUCCAGCAAGCAAGUCGAGGACGUGUUCUGGGGCUAGUUUCACUCUACCUUCCAUUCCCGAAGGAGCGGCGGCGACGAGCGCCUUGCUCACUACCAGUCGUGGAGCAACAACUGCCCCUGCUCAUACCUCGAAACGCCUUUCCGAUAUGACGAGCACCUCGCUCACCAAACGCAGUCGCGAGGCGGUAAAUGCCCCUUCACGUAGUUCAACGCGUCUUUCCACGAAAGCUUCGGCAAGUGCCUCGCGUUCAUCGCACGCAGAUAUAUCAGAAUCUCGCUCGAAUAUUCCCCCACGCGCCUCACGUCCCUCGAAUCUCCCAACCUCAGCGUCUCUCUUGGGUAUUGAUUCCCCAUCCCUCACAAAGAUUCCACAGCAAAGAGAGGCCAUACUCCGAUAUCUUUCCCAGUCCCAACCCGCCAGCUCCACGGCACGGAGCCGGUCGACAGCUGGCAGUAGGUCAGUCUCCACCAACUCAACCUCCACCAAGCGAAACAUCAGCGAUAUUGAUGGCGCAGACGAAGCCUCGGAGCCCAAACGCGUUCGCAGGGAUGUAGAAGUAGUCACUCGACAAACGAGGAACGCCCGAAUCCAGAUCGUAGGCGACCAUUUGCAGCUCGCCACGUACGCGCUCGAGUGCCUGGGUGAUUCGAGUCGCCACUAUACGACAGGCAUCUUUGUCAAGAAGACGACCAUGAGCCUUUGGUACUAUGAUCGCGCCGCCGUGGUUCGGACCGUGGACUUCGAAUUCCACAAGGGUGACGGCCCUAAGACGCUCGCUGUCGCCCUUUAUGCACUGAGCCAAGCCAACAUGAAGCAAGCUGGAUUCGACCCCUUCUUACGUGAAUUCAAGGCUCCCAAAAAGAACGGUGUUGUCAAACUCUCGAACAUCCUCCCUCUCACUCGCCCUCAGACAAAGUCUACGAAGAAACCGCUCUGUUUCCAUUUUACGACCAAAAUCGUUGGACGAGAUGGAGAAAUCACGACGGUUGACACCAUCUUCGUGAUCAUAGGAACCCUAUACACCUACAGGACCAUCAUCGGCCGUGGAACAUACGUCGGAAUGGGGUUCUUGACGACAAUCGGCUGCCCACUGUCCAACAUCCCACGGAUCAUCAAGCUGAGCUGGCAGUACAACAUCCGUCGACAAGAGGCCGAGCUUCUUACCACUGUCCGCAAACAAUUGCCUAAGUAUUGGCACAACCACCUCCCGGAGGUCUCCUUCAGCGCGGUCUAUACAGCGGAGGAGCUCGAAUUGCCGACUAGCAAGAUGGAGCUGGAAGAUGCUGAUGAGGAGAACCCAAUCCAAGGCCGCCGCCUCCACGCUAGCGUGAUGGGGUUCUAUCGCAAGCUUGAGGAUGCAUCCUCUGUCGAAGAAUUUAGACAGAUCUUCCUGGAUUGUCUCGAGUGCCACUACCACACCUAUAACACCGCUCGAGUCCUACAUCGCGACAUCAGCGAAAACAAUCUCAUGUUCGCCCAUCCAGAGGAUACCCCUGAGACCGAUAGAAAGUUUGUUUGGCCAGCGGGUAGUCCCUCUGUCCGCGGCAUUCUCAACGACUUUGACCUCGCUUCGGAGCUAGACGCUGAAGGCAAAGUUCCUGCUAGCUCUGCAAACCACCGUACUGGAACCCUUCCCUUCAUGGCGAAGGAUCUUCUCCAGAAUUGGCCGAAGUCUGUUCCUCCACCGACGCACCACUACCGACACGAUCUUGAGUCGUUUUUCUACAUUCUCAUCUGGGCCAUGACGCAAUACACCCUCGAGAAAGACGAAGACGGAAAUUCCAUCCGGGGGCCUCUCCCAGAGGACCUCGAAGGCUGGAACGUCAGGGAGUCAGCCUCUGUUCAGAAGGGUGACUUCUAUGUCUCUGCGAUAUUCAACACUCUUGAUGAGUCUGUUCUUCCCCAUUUCAGAGAGCUGUGGAAGAAAUGGGUUAUCAGUCUUUUCCUACUCUUCCGAGCAGCAAUGCUUAGUGCUCCGCAUCCCAUGCAGCCAUCCUAUAAGGAAUAUGACUUCGCAACAUAUAAUGGCCAAAUCACCUUCCAGACUUUUAUGGCGGCAAUGGGUGAGACACCACGCGGUCUUGAUCCUAAUGGUGAGCGCGUUGCGGCCACCGAUGUACCCUUAGCAGCAGCUGGAGCAUAG